AUGUUUAGUUCCCUACUACCUCCUCCAAAACAUUCAGCAUAUGACCCCUCAUUACAUUUUACACCUCAAAAAUCACAAAUCAAAAAUGAUAAAUCAAUUAUUGAAUUCAAAGAAGUAGCAACGAAUACAAAUUCAUCAACUCAAAAUUCAUUAGAUUCAACUAUACCAUUAAAACAAAAAUAUCCAAAUUUGGUUCAUAAUUUUCCCAUCCCACCAAAAUCUCAACAAUUAAUAGAUGAAACUAAAACUGUGCUAACGAACCUACUAAAUUCAAAAUUAGGCAUUACUACAAACUCGAAUGAACCAGAAAUAAUACAAACUUCAGCUUCAUCUUCCUCCCAACCACAAAUAAUUCAGAUAUCAACAUUUGAACAAGAUCCAAUGUUACCACCAAAACAUAAAUUAAGAAAAAAUCGUCAUGAAAAAAUUGAAAUUGAUCAAGAACCAAUUUUAAAAAAACAACAUAAUGUAACAAAAGAAGAAAGAAUUAAAUGGAAUAUUCCUGCAGCAGUAUCAAAUUGGAAAAAUAAUAAUGGUUAUACUAUUGACUUAAAAAAGAGAAUGACUUCAUCAAAUCCAGCAACCACCGAAACUGAAAUUAAUUUAAAAAAAUUUUCUGAUUUGAAUUCUGCUUUAGAUCAAGCUGAUGCCCAAGUUAGGAAACAGCUCACAGAAAAAGCAGAAAGACAAAAGGCUUUAGAAUUGGAAGAACUGAAAAAAAGAGAAGAUCGGAUUAGAGCUAUUGCUUAUAAUUCUAAACGUAGGAAUAUUAAUGAUUAUGACGAUGAUAAAUAUAAAAGAAGAAAAUACUAA